GAUUUGUCCGUCUGGUCGGAGGGGACAGCCGCUGCUCAGGACGAGUGGAGAUCCAUGACGGGGACGGGUGGAAGUCAGUCUGUGACUCACACUUUGGUCCCAAAGCUGCUGAUGUGGUCUGCAGAGAUCUUCAGUGUGGCACAGCCCUGCCCGUCCCCAGAGCAAGUGCCUUUGGAGAAGGGACCGUGCCCUGGGACAGAGAGCUGCAGUGCGUGGGGAACGAAUCCAGCCUCUCCUCCUGCCCCACGGGGACCCCUCGCGACCAGCCCUGCCCCCAGACAAGCAUUGCUGCUGUCACCUGCACACGGUUCAGGCUGGUGAAUGGCAGCACGGCGUGCGAGGGCAGGGUGGAAGUGGAGGUGCGGGGAACAUGGGGCAGCCUUUGUGCCUCCCGCUGGGACCUCUUGGACGCCCACGUUCUCUGUCAUCACCUGGGCUGCGGGUUUGCGGUGUCCAUUCCUGAAGGAGGGCCUUUUGGGAGAGGAACUGGCCCCGUGUGGAAUGACUGGUUCCACUGUGAGGGCACUGAGAGCAGCCCGGCUCAGUGCCCGGUGACCGCCCUGGGGGCCUCUCCGUGCUCCCAUGAGAACGACGCUGCCGUCAUUUGCUCAGGCCCGCCUCACAACGCGUCUCUCAGACUGGUGGGUGGAGGGAGCCGGUGCGACGGGCGCGUGGAGAUCUUCCGGCGCGGGACGUGGGGCAGAGUCCUGGAUGAUCAGUGGGACAUGGAGGACGCCGGCGUGGUGUGCCGGCAGCUGCGCUGCGAGGAGGCAGAGGCAGCCUACGCCGUGCCGAGGGCCGAGCGAGGGACGGGCCCCGUGGGGCUGCGCGGGGUGCGGUGUGCGGGCCACGAGGCCGGCCUGAGCCUCUGCAACGCCUCCCCGCCCGAGGCCACGGGCAUCAUGGAGGACGUGGGGGCCGUGUGCCGGGGGAGCCGCCGGGUCCAGCUGGUGGACGGGGCUGGGCGAUGUGCAGGGAGAGUGGAGAUCUACUACCGGGGGCAGUGGGGCACGGUCUGCGACGAUGCCUGGGACAUGGCCGACGCCGACGUGGUUUGCCGCCAGCUGAGCUGCGGAUGGGCCGUGGAGGCGGCCGGCUCGGCUCGCUUUGGGGAGGGCUCUGGGCACAUCUGGCUGGAUGGCGUGAACUGCUCUGGGGCCGAAUCUGCUCUCUGGAACUGCUCUGCUGAGGCCUGGGGACAGCACGACUGCGGGCACAAGGAGGAUGCGGGAGUCGUCUGCUCAGAGUUCGUGGCCCUGAGGCUGGAGGAUGGCGAUGGCUGCUCCGGGCGCCUGCAAGUUUUCUACAAUGGGACGUGGGGGAGCGUUUGCUCCAACUCGAUGACUCCCUCCACGGUGCCACUGGUGUGCAAGGAGCUGGGCUGCGGGGACGGAGGGUCCCUGGAAACCAGCACCUACUACCGC